AUGGUCGGCGUACCAGGGCGUAGUAAAGGCUGUCUGACGUGCCUCAAGCGAAGAUUGAAGUGUGACGAGACCAAGCCCACCUGCCAGAGAUGCGAGAAAUCCGGAUACGUCUGCAAGGGCUACGAGCGAAAGCUUGAUGUGCGAUUUCAUGCAUUCGGAAAAAGUAAGAGCGCUCCCGAGAAGACAGGCACGACCCAGGCCCAACAAAUAUCCAGUUGCAAGCCUGCAAUUCCGCCAGAUGUGAGCCUGGUGGCUUUCAAGGACAACAUCCAGUACUCGUUCCUCUUCUCGAAUCUCGUAUGGAGCCAUUAUGGCAGCCCGUGGUUACAGAGAUCUGCGUUGGGCAAGCUCGGCAUCCUUGCUCUCGAAGCAUGUCAGGCUUUCUCUCUUUGCGUCUUUGGCCAACAGCACCACCUGUCGAGUAUCGAGAUAGAUGGAGCUCAGCAUUACAGUAGCGCUGUUCGCAAAUUGGCCAUGCAGUUGCCCAACGUUGGCGCUCCUGGAAGCGAGGACCUUUUGAUCCCUAUCAUGAUCCUGCUCUUGCAUUCGUCCACAACCGUAACAGACCCGACGGCAUCGUCUUUCCAUGUGGCAGCCCUGUACAGGCUGCUGCAGAUACGAGGUCCUAAAGCCUUCGCAGCUGAACCACUCAGAAGUGCAUUUGAAAGCUGCAGAUCGACCCUAAUCGUCAUAGGACUAGUCACCAAGACUCGAACAUUCCUUGAAGAUCCGGAGUGGAUCAUGGGCCCCUGGUCGUUACCCGAAAGUCCAGGAAAGAAUGCACAGAAUCAACUUGUCGAUGUGCUCUCCCAUGUGCCAGGCUUCUUGCAGGAUCAAGCGCAUGUCUUCAGCACAGGCGAUAGACAGCUGCAACGAACGCUGAUAUGCAAGAUCGAGCGUCAGCUUUCAAUCACUUACUCCUGGCGUUGGGACUGGGAAGGAAAGCAUCCGAACGCAGCGCACGAAGUUGACCAUCUACGAGACUAUCCACUUCUCGGCCUCCUCAACUCCCGCCCGUUCACGAAGGUGCUCGUCUGCUCGAGUUGGCAGCAGGCUACAGAAAUCUCGUUGUACAACUCAGUGGUCCUCUGUCUACUCGGCAUCUUGUGGUCUCUGCAAUCUCCUGCAGCCAUCGCAGAAGCCACUCAAACCAAGAGAGAGUCGUCAUCGCCUCUGCUACUUCCCAACCAAAUCACCUCGCUCGAGCAGGUCGCAGUUGAAAUCUGUCGCGUCUUCGAAUACCAGCUAGCUACAGCUGCGCGCGUGCCUGACCAGCAGACGCUCUUCUGGGUACUUCCAGUCGGUCUUGCCGGUUUCGUACUGGAACACAAUGAACGGUACUCGGCUUGGGUGAAAGAAUUACACGACGUGGGUCAGACUACUCGUGGAUAUAGCGCUGGAGGCCUUGGAUAUGGGUCAAGCGUUUACAACAUCUUCAACACCAAAUGGGCUGCCGGCAGGAACGAUGGCCAACGGACGUUCGAGGGUCAGGACUGGGGCUAUAUUCCACCGAACGUGUACCAUGCUCUACCGAGCGAAGACCUAGACUGA